GUCUGUCUUGUCACAGGAACUGUGAGGAGGCCAGGGCGGCUACAGCAGGACCAGUGAGGGGAAGAGAAGGAAGAGAUGAGAUCAGAAUGGUACCAGGGCUCUGACCUUCAGGGCCAUUAAUUUAUUGAAUAUUUUACGUAGUGGCAAAAUCACACACCAUCCUCCAAGAGGAGAGAGACUCAGACCUGGAGGGGGCAGGAGACAGAGAACAGAGUGCCAAAUACACAGGAAAGCCCUUAAGCCCACUUCGCUGUCCACUGUGAGUCGCUCUGGGCAAUUUCAUCUGCUCGGUCUGUUAGCCGAGGACGAUGGAACGAACCAUUCAAGCUCUGCUGAGAAUUCUGGUUUCAUCCUUCCUGAUCAACUAGUUGCGGUUGAAUCCCGACGGUCCAAGCAGGAUAUACUACUUCCAUCCCAAAACCCUCCUGGGAACCCCAAUUCUGGUCCGCACUAGAAGUGUUUGUUAAGCAGCAAUUGUGGGCGUGACAAUUGUGGGCUGAAAGAGCCCUAGCCCCGCCCCCGGAGGACUCCGGCAUUUCAGGAUCUUCACCUUUAAGAUCCGCCCCCUCAACUUUUUGAAAGGGCGGGGCGACGAGCGCAGCUGUCACCUCCUUCUUUCCACCCCGCUGGCUCUCACGUGCGUUCAGUCGUUCAAUAACAGCUCCUCUCCUGGGACUUCCUGGUUGCCGGGACCAAUCAGAGUGUUCUUCCCGUCCUGACCAUUGUGAGCCCGAGGCCAAUCGGCGCGCCUCUACAACGCCCCUUAAAGGCGCCGCCAACGCCUCCCGAGCCGGGGCGAACCAAUUCCUCGGCUCCUGCCCCCAACUGCAGUAUGGAGUCGCCCCGGGGGCGGCCUGGGCCCGAAGCAGGCCUUCUAGCUCUGGGGGAACAGCAAGCCGCGACCAUCGGCGGCGGCCCGGACCGAACGGCCUCUGAGCCGCCCUCAGGCCUCCGGUUGUCCGAGGAGGAAGAGACCGAGAACGUUGGGGGCGCGAGCCGCAUCCCCAGGGCGUCCCCGAAGACUUCGAGCUGCAGCUUCGUCCACCCUCCGGAAUGGGAGGCUCCGGAGGAAGAGCCGGGCCGCGGAGGGACGCCUUCUGGGGCAGGGAGCAACCGGGGGGCGCCGGGUCCCGAAAACGACCCGCAUGCAUCCUCCCGGCGCAUGGAGCCCGAGGACAGGCCUGCAUCCGAGGGCGUCUGCCGUCGAGGAAGCCCUGGAGGCGGCGGGUUGGAUGUUGAGCAGGAGAAGGAAGAUGACGAUGAGGCGGCGGCAGCCAGCAGGGCUGGCCGUUCCUUCUCCAGCCGCCUUCAGGACAGCCGCAGCCUGGACGGGUUGAGCGGGGCGUGCGGCGGCGCCGGGUCCUCAGGGGGUGCAGACUCUGGCGCGGGUGGCGGGCGGCGCGCCACUAUCUCCAGCCCGCUGGAGCUCGAGGGCACGGUGAGCCGCCAUGGCGACCUCACCCACUUUGUCGCCAACAACCUGCAACUCAAGAUCCGCCUGAGCUGCGCCCCUCAACCCCCGCCCCCUGCCCCUGCGCGGCCCUGUUCGGCGCCCCCACCCACUCCGGCCAUUCCUCCCAUCGACCCCGACGUGCUGCGGGACCUGGAGAGGCUGAGUCGGGAGCUGGGCGGCAGGGUGGACCGUCUGCUUCGCGGGCUGGGUGGUGCGGUGCAGGAGCUGACAGCGCUGAGCGUGGGCUGCAUCCAGACCUACCGUGAUGCCGUGGACUCCCUAGGCGAAGCUGUGGACAUGAGCAUCAAGGGCAUGUACACCCUGCUGGCGCGCUGUGAGGAGCUGGAGAGGGCUCUGCAGCCAGUUCAGGGACUGGCGCGCCAAGUCCGGGAUAUCCGACGCACCCUGGAGGUGUUGGAGGCCCUGUGCAAGUGACCGGGAGGGCAGGAGAGGCCUGGCAACGCCAGGGUCCAGCAGGAUCCUAAGGACUCUUCAGGGAGCCCUGGUGGGACUUGCCCGCCGAGGGGAGGCCUGUAUAUUGGAGGCUCUUCCGGAUACAUUUAGCAGGCCCGCGACCACUAGCUGGGCCUUAUGCAGGUGUACACGGGGAAGUUCUAAAGCUUCUCCUGGUGGGUGGGGAUGAUGCUCUGCUUCUAUUCAGUUGGCCAUCUGCAGCUACCUUGUUCUCCCAACUCUCUUCCCUAGUUAGAGCACCAUCUCUGGGAAGCCAGGGCUUUAGGUCUGGGCUUGGGAGACAUGACUGCCAUAUGUUCUCAAGAAAGGAGAACAGUGGAGGCUCCAGCCCCACUGUGGCCACCCUGACCUCCAGUGGUCACAUCUCAGGUGCCAGGGGCUGUGGGAGCUUGAGGGAUCCUUGGCCACACACCAUGCAGACAAGGAUGCACACUUGCAGAUGGAUAACCCACUGCUUCUGCCCUCUGGCCCCCUGCCCUCCCACUUCCCCAGCCAUAACCUGGGUGGAGCUAGAAGGAAUGUAUUGCAUGGUAGAGGGGGUGAGUUGGGAGGGGUCUCACUGCUCUCAGGGUUCAGAUAGAAUUGUUGCUGGCUUUGAAGCCCACCUGUUGUGGAGUGUUCUAAUCAGUUUUGGCUUUCUGAGUUUUUGUGGAAUUAAAGUGCUGCUGCUGCUAAG